AUGUCCCGUCCCUCUUCAUCAAUCCCAUCAGUUAGCGGUGAUCGUCGCGCCUCUUCGGCAUCCAUUGAUCAUCGUGAGCAAAUGAUUUUAAAAGAGAAAGCUCGGUCAUUGCAGGAGAACAAGGUGACGCUCUCCUCAUCGUUUGGAGCGAUGCUUGAAAAUAUUCGUCACCGCGCUUCAGAGUUGUCGUUGUGGAAUGACGAUAUGCAAAAGGAUUUGCCGAAACGAUGGGAGAAACAUGGGAACAUGAUCGUUUUCCCGCAGGACUCUUUUCAGCAUAAUAAUUGGAGAUUAAUUGGCAGAGAACUUUGGGAAAUCGUGGCCACCUCGCUGAGCAUCGAGCGACUCGGUCGGAAGCGGUUGAUCGCCAACGAUUUGGACAGAACCCCGCAUGUCGACAUUCUUUAUGGAGGACACGGUUGGGUGGAGCAUCAAGACGAGAAUGGCUUUAGUUACAUCUACGAUGCAUCGAAAAAAGUUUUCGAGAUUUGGCGAGGCAAAGAGAUCGCACGAAUCGCUCAAAUCGAUGCUCAUGGAGAAGUGAUUGUUAAUCUGAUGAGUGGCCUUGGAUACUACGCUUUCCCAUGGGUGGCAAGAGCCGCCGCUCGACACGUGCAUGCAGUCGAUUGGGACGAAGAGGCCAUUGAGUCACUUGGCGGCUGGUUGCAUAUCCAAGAGGCGAUCGACCCCAAACGGAAACGCGUCUCCGAGCCACAAAAGGACAAAUCAAAAUCACCAAGCGCGCAAAAGUCCACCGAAAACGGCGCCUCCGCCAAAGAGAAAACCGAUGUAAACGGGAACACGAAAAUCGGUGAGAAGAAACUUCAGCGAAAACUCAGCCGAUCGGCAUCGAUAGUGGAAGAGAUGGAAAAUCGAGCGCUCCCGCCAGCAACGCUCGACAAAGAGUUCGAGGAGGGAAAAUGGCGAAAAAUCGAGGAACACGUGCAGGGAUUUGCUUGGGAUUUAGCUGAACAAUGUUGUCGCUACAUGAACAACGUGAACGUCGUUGAUGGCAUUUAUUGGGUACAAAUCAAGAACAUUUCCGUUUUAAGGCCACGCUCGAGCACACGACAGACGGAUAUCGUUUGCGUCGAUUUGUUCACUGGUUUCAGCGAGACGAAACAAGAAAAGCGGCGGCGAGCGACACGCGCUUCCCCCAGUGAAACCCUAAAUGAGCACAUCGACGAAUCAUUGGGAAAUUUGAGUGAAGAGGAUCACCGCGGACAGGGGAACGAUGAGAGGGAUCAGGAGAGUCAAAAACCGCGUCGUCGUCGAAAUUGGGAAGAAGAAAUUCUGAAGCAAAUUGAAGAAGAAGAUCGUUUAGAAAGAGAGGAAAAAGAGAAACAAAAAGAAAAGGAAAAGAAAAAG